AUGGUAGCACGCGACACCUACCGCUGGGCCCUUAUCAAGCACGCCACCACCAACCCCGCCUUCGUCGCCGUCGCCUUCCCAAUGCCCUACAGCAAGUACGUCCUCCGCAACGACAAAGGCCCCGAACGCAACCUCAAGUCCUACCGGUCCAAGGCGCCGCUCUCCACAACCACCACCGCCUCCUCUCCUACUACCACCCCCACAGCCUCCUCGGCCCCCUCACAGAAUCCCUCGCCGCUCAAGAAGGAGGUCAUCUACACCGCCGCCGAGCUCGAGCCCCCCGCCCCCAUCGUCGUGAAGCCGACGAAAACGGCACGCACGGUGCGCUGGGUGGUGGACGACGAGCCGUAUGAGGCUCUCCCUACUCCUCCCCCACCACCCCCGCCCCAGCAGCAGAGAAGGAAGGGGGGCCGUAGGGAGCACCAGACGCAGACGCCCUGUAGGAGUCAGUAUACGCCUGUGAGGGGCGUGAGUAUGUGGUUCACCGCUGUCUGA